UGACAACCUGACAACAGUGACCCAACACAACAGUGACAACUUGACAACAGUGACCCAAGACUGCAGUGACAACCUGACAACAGUGACAACUUGAAAACAGUGACCCAAGACUGCAGUGACAACCUGACAACAGUGACCCAACACAACAGUGACAACUUGACAACAGUGACCCAACACAGCAGUGACAACUUGACAACAGUGGCCCAACACAGCAAUGACAACCUGACAACAGUGACCCAGCACAGCAGUGACAACCUGACAACAGUGGCCCAAGACUGCAGUGACAGCCUGACAACAGUGACGCAACACAGCAGUGACAACCUGACAACAGUGGCCCAAGACUGCAGUGACAACCUGACAACAGUGGCCCAAGACUGCAGCGACAACCUGACAACAGUGACCCAACACAGCAGUGACAACCUGACAAGUGACCCAGCACAGCAGUGACCCAACACAGCAGUGACCAACACAGCAGUGACAACAGUGACCCAACACAGCAGUGACAACCUGACAACAGUGACCCAACACAGCACCAGUGAAGUCACUUACACCUCGUCCGAUCAUAUGUUGCCUAGUUAGUAUAUUUGUCUCGAGAACUGGAAAAAAAAAUACGCCAUUAGUGCAUUACUGGUGCUUGCAAAAGUUCAACAAGAGUGUAUCACCAGCAAGAAAGUUUGUGUUGAGAACGAGUGUGGAUAAACUAUAGUGAAGAAGCCAGAGUAUCGUACAGUACAAGUCUUAUACAACCAUUGACUCACAGCAAACAUGAAAUAUCUUUCUAAAUGUCUUCUCGUUUUAUGGGUGUCGGCGACGGCUGCCCAGGACUAUCAGGUGGCAGAUAUAAAGUGUGACUUCGGUGACGAGGCAGUGGGCGAGGAAGCAGGGCUGGUAGGAAGCAAAAGCCAAAGGCUCUCUGCUAAACUGAUGAAGCCAGCGGGGUUCAGAGGACACCCGCUCUUCGCUGACGACAAGAGAGCUGAUCCCUUCAGUGACCAGAAGUGUCAGAUACGUCAGGACUCGAGGGAGACAUCAGGUCUGGUCUACAACCUGCUGGUGACGGACCUCUCCAGGUGUGGCGUCGUCAAGAAAGACGGGUACGUGACACUGCGAGUGUGGUUCCCUCAGCUGGAAGGUGUUGUCUUGGCUACUGACCAGGAGGUGAUCAUCAUGUGUAAGCCAGCCUCACCCACCAUCAUAGAGAACAGAGCAGCUGGCUUUGCUGGAGCACUGCCAUCAACGGGGCGAGUAUCAGGAGUGGUGGAAGAGUCUCCUGGUCGCCUCGAAUAUGAAGUGGCACUGUACAGGGAGAUGAACGCUCGCUCUGGCAGUAGUCACACCCCUGUCGACCAAGCUGUUCCUAUUGGCUCCCGACUACAAUUGAGGGCCAGGAUUAACACCCACUCAAGAUGGAAGUAUGUAAAGUUGAUGGAGGUGACGGUGUCCAGUGACCCUACAGCCCCUUAUGCCCCUGGUCACGUGGCCCUGGUGAAGGACGGAUGUCGACUACCAGAUUUCUCAUCAAUUGUACCACAGCAGCCACAUCGUGUGGAGGACCAAACGGGUGAAGUACGACUCGACUUUGAGGCCUUUAUGCUAGACUCCAAGUUGGCAGGAUCGACACAGCUAUGGAUCCACGCUACAGUUAAGGCCUGCAUCGAUUCUCGAGAUUGCCUUCCUGAGUUCUGUCUAGACUUGUUCCAGCCCUCGGGUCAUGGGAAAAGACGAAGGCGAAAAACAAGACAUUAUGCAGAGGGACUCAUAGAAGUGUCUGAGGGACACAAUGUUUCGCUCUCCACCCUACUGCCCAGCAGGACAACCUCUCUUGCUGAGGGACUGCAAAACUUUGACUCUUCCAAGGUGAAUGACCAGUCUGCAGAUGAGAACACGACAUUACAUCAUACCAAGCCUGUUGAUGAGAACACCACAUUACAUCGUAUCAAAGCUGCAAAUGAGAGCACCACAUUACAUCAUCAUGCCAAAUCUGUAAAUGAGAGCACUGAAUUACAACCGCUUCCGCUGCCCGAGUCAUUGACCCAUUCAGAGCCAGUGGUAUCAUCACCGGCCCCUAAUGGCCCAUCACAGGCCCCUGAUGGCCCUUCCACAAGUAUAGGAGAUAACAUAGGCAUCACUGUCAUCAUGCCCGAAGGUAGAGUAAUGUUUUAAUCAUAUUUGCACUUCAGCGUUUUCACAUAUAAAAAUUAUCAGUUACAGUGAUUGCCAUUUGGUAAAUAUUAUUUGAAAUAUCAACUUUAUAUACGUAAUGAUAUUUAUAUAUACAGUGGACCCCCGCAUAACGAUGGCAUCGCAUAGCGAUUUUUCCGCAUAACGAUUACUUUUAUCGCAAAAUUUUUGCCGCGCAUACCGAUUAAAAACCCGCAUACCGAUUUUCGUCCGAGACGCGUCCAAUGUGCCCUCACAUAUGCCGGCCGUCCCAUUGUUUACCAGCCAGCCUCCGCGGUAACAUCCAAGCAUACACUCGGAAUAUUUCGUAUUAUUACAGUUGUUUCGGUGCUGUUUCUGGAA